CCCUCGUUCUGGAUACUGAAGAGUUCCUACUCGCGUACAUUCUUUAUCUUGGGUCUUAGCAAGAUGUUACUUCUGUUUUUCUUUCAACUUGUGUUUCUCUUUUCUCAAUGCUCGGCCGAAGGCAUUGAGGUAUUUGGCACUAUCACUAGUUUAUCGACAGCAACUGCCACUUCCGCAACAUCUUUAUCUCCAAGUUACCGACGUCGCAGGUUUCUCAUUAUUGGCCUGUUCUGUGUCGCCGCGGUACUCUCCCAAGUUACUGCCAUUGCCCUCCAUCUGUUCUUCCGAGCACGCAAACUCGACAUAGAGGACGCUCCCAUCAAAACUGGCAAGAAUCUGGAUGAAAGGGAGUGUGCCAAGGAUUAAAUCAGUUUGGGAUGGCGUACACAGUGUCUCUCUGGGUAGUCUUCGGAGCCUCGUUCACUGUGACCUCUAUGGAGGCAACUUCCAGUAUCUUUACCGCGAGACCGCGAGAUAGUACGAAGAUGUAUAGUGCACAGUUUGAGAAUAUUAUCUUUUAUUUACCAUACGAGCUUC